AUGUCAGAUUCAGGAGAGACAUCGGUUCCCUCUCCUGAGUUUCUCUCCCAGAGCCGUGGGCCAUCUAUCAGAGGUGUCAUAUGGGUUUCUGUGGUUUGCUCGAUCAUAAUCGUCAUAAUGAGAGUCCACACUCGCAUAUUUCUACGCAGAGUGUUUGGGAUUGACGAUUGGUUUAUUGUGCUUGCCAUGGUAAGCAAAGACCUCCUCUCUGAGAAACCCUCCUUGAUUUUGGAGGGCAUUAGUAGCAGCCACGGCGGUAUCAAAGCAGAUUCAUUGACUGGAACUUUAAUUUUGCAGGUGCUCAUCGUCGCAUACGGCGCGGUCGUCGAGCUUGCUGUCCAAAAGGGCCUCGGACGACAUCUACAAUGGAUGCUCAUGGAUGCCCCCGAGAACCUCGUCUCCCUGGCUCUCCUGGGUCAGAUCUCUCAGCCAUUUGUCGUCAUGUCCUGCGCCAUGGGCAAGGUCUCCUUCUCCUUGACCCUAAUGCGUCUGGCCGCCCAGCGUUGGAUUCAUACUCUGCUGUGGUUCCUGGUAAUCUCCAUGACGACGCUGCACGUUCUCAUCUCCAUCAUUGUCUUUGUGCGCUGCAAGGACCCCAGAUCUACCUGGGACACCACCAUAGUGAGCGAGUGCUGGCAUCCUGAGACGUACCUGAACGUCAUGUACUUCAUCGGUGCGUACUCCGCCGCGACCGACUUCAUCCUCGCCCUCCUCCCCUGGGCUAUGCUCUGGAACCUCAACAUGAAGAAGAAGGAAAAGUUCGGCGUAGCCAUCGCAAUGAGUCUUGGUGUCUUCGCGGGCACAACGGCCAUCAUCAAGUGCACCAAGCUCCGCGCCAACGCAACCAGCAAGGACCCGACCUUCGACGUCGGCGAGCUCCUCUGGUGGGCCGGCGCCGAGAACGGCCUCAUCAUCACCGCCGCCUGCCUCCCGACCCUCCGGCCCCUCAUGCGCGCCAUGUUCCCCUCCACCGUCCGCUCGAGCGGGAACAACAACAACUCCUACCCGCUCAAGAACGUUUCCAACAACGCCAACAUGUUCACGCCCAAGAAGCAGGGCCAGUGGACGGCCAUCAUCGAGUCCGAGGGGGGGCAGCCCGACACCGCGUUCGACAACCAGAGCGACAGGAGCAUACUGAACCAGCGCCAGAGCGGCGGGAGCCACAUUAGGGGUGGCGCGAGCAAUUUGAGUAUGAGCAGCAGCAAGGACAAUAAUGCCCUGGGCGGUCUUAGGGAGGGCGGGGGGAGCGAUGGACGGCCGCCGACGCAGAUACACAGGACCUUUGAGGUGAAUGUCUCGUACCAGCAGAAUGGACAAAAUGUAUAA